AUGGAUCUGAAUAACAUUACUGAUUAUUUGAUCAACAUGACCACACUAAGAAGAAACAUCAGUUUUGCCACUUCUGCCUCAAUAACUUACCUGGCAACUGCCCCUCUUUUAUACAUCUCGUUCAUCAUUAGUAUCAUAGCCAAUGGCUUUUAUCUGUGGGUGCUAAGAUUCAAGAUGAAAAAGACAAUCAAUACUCUCUUAUUUUUCCAUCUCAUUCUCUCAUACUUAAUUUCCUCAUUGAUUAUACCUUUUAAGAUCACCUCUUUCCUUCAAGACAAUCACUGGAGCUUUGGGAUUGCCAUAUGCAAAGUCUUCAAUAGCACCUUUUCCUUGGGGAUGUUUGCCUCUGUUUUUAUUCUAUGUGCCAUUAGUCUUGAUCGCUAUGUUCUUACUCUUCACCCAGUAUGGUCACAGAAACACAGAAACAUUCAUUGGGCUUCCAGCAUUCUCAUAGGGAUUUGGAUCUUUGCUUCUGUCCUCAGCAUUCCAUAUCUGGUAUUCCGGGAGAUCCAUAAAGAGAGCAAUGGAAUAGUGAUUUGCAAGAACAAUUAUGCUUUAUCCAAUAACUGGAAAAGCCAGAAGACCCAGACACUUGAGAAAGGGGUCCAGAUGGUCUUAUUCAUUAGUCGCCUAUGGCUGGGUUUUCUCCUGCCUUUAUUCACCAUCAUAUUCUGUUAUGUUAGAGUAGCCCAGAGGAUGAGGCAAAGGAGCCUGGUUAAGUCUAGCAAACCCUUUAAAGUUAUGGUGAUUUCUGUUGGCUCUUUCUUUGUCUGUUGGAUGCCCUACCAUGUCUACCAGGGUUUACUCAUCAGUGAGACUCACACGCAAGUCACAAAACUAACUCUAAUUCUUACAGCCAUUACUAGUUCAUUUAACAGUCUCUUUUCUCCCACAUUUUAUCUAUUUAUUGGGGAGAACUUCAAGAAGGUUUUCAAAAAGUCUAUUGUUGUUUUGUUUGACUCAAUUCUACAUGAAGAGUCUUCUUUAAAGCAGCCCCAAAACCCAUGUACAGAAAAUUCAGUUUAA